AUGCUGCUCAAAGCGAGACGGCUCAUAGGCCGCCUCCUGGUUUUCCUGCCCAGCUUUCUCCUGUUCGAGCGGGCCCAUAACGACCACCCUUCUCAUCGCCUCCAUGCAACCUCCUAUCUCGAUGGCCUUCGAGGUCUGGCCUCCCUAAUUGUCGCCAUUUGUCACUACACAGAAGACAACCACGAGUACUUGAUCCCAUCAUGGGGACUUAAUGAGAAGACGUCCUCUAUAUUACAAUUCCCGUUCAUCCGCGUCAUCUACUCUGGCCGACCCAUGGUCCAUAUCUUCUUCAUCAUCUCGGGCAUCGUCCUAUCACAAAAGCCAAUUCAAGCCAUUUACGCCCACGACAUUGAGAGAUGCCAGUCGAUCCUAGCAUCAUCAGCCUUUCGACGUCCGAUCCGCCUCUUUGGCCCCUGUAUCGUGUCGACUUUUCUGGUGCUCGUCUUGAGCUACGCUGGCUACCUCUAUCACCCACUCCCGACCCUCUCCGAACAGUUUGAAGACUGGGGAGCCGCUCUUCUUCACGGCAUCACCUGGCCGUGGUCGUGGGAUUUUGACCUGGCGCCGGCCUAUGACAUCCACCUCUGGACAGUCCCCAUUGAAUUCAUCCAUUCCAUGAUGCUGUUCAUGGUAGUCCUGGUUCUCUCACCCAUGCGUCGAAUGAUCCGACUUUCUGGCUUGCUGUUCAUCAUGGUCUACUGUCUGGCAUGUGGAAGAUGGGCCGCUUUCGAGUUUCUCGGCGGAUGUCUGAUCACCGAGAUGCAAUUCUGGCAAGCAGCACGAGGAACCAACCUGUCGAAAGCAACCGAUUUUGUCCCAAGACAAAGACCUAGGAUCUCCUCCUACGUCAUGGCGACAGUCCAUGUCGCGCUCGUCAUGUUUUGGUGGUUCAUCGCUGGGUGGCCCAACGAAAAUGCUACUCGCACACCAGGUAUCAUGUUCUUUGUCGACAGAACGCCCGAGCCCUUUGCUCCUGUGGAAGUUGACGAGCGACGUCCGCAGAAAUUCUGGUUCUGUCUGUCAGCCUUGGGUCUGAUCUGGACCAUUUCGCAGGCCAGGGUACUGCAAAGACAGUUGGAGGGGGCGUUGGUCCAACAUCUGGGCCGCAUGAGCUACGCGCUAUACAUUGUUCACGGGCCAAUCCUCAACAUGAUGCAGCGCGGGGUCAUGGGACACGUCGGUGCUCAGGCUGCGGGGACGACCGAGAGGGACGAUUUCGUCCCGGGGGUUGCAGCAACAGGCAUCAAAGGGCUGAUUGGGACGGAGUCGCCAUCACAGCAGAUACUGGCGUGGAUACUAGGCUUGGUAGUGAUGGGUCCGAUUGUGGCCUGGGCGGCAGAUGUAUUCUGGCGGGCUGUUGAUCUUCCUAUCAUGGAGGCAGCCCGACGGAUCGAGGGGUGGUGCUCCGAGAAGUAA